UGGGAGGUACAGGAAGCAGAGUCAGAAAGCAAAUCCCUGCAAUCAGUUCAUUAUAGAGAAUGAAAAAGCUUUUAUUUCAAGGUUCUGGUGGAUAGACUUACCGAUAUGUGUAUUCUGUGUCUAUUUAAUUUCACGUAGUGCUGCAUCUAAUCACGCUGUUUAAAUAAUCGGACAGAAUGUCCUUUUGCUCUGCUUUUGCUUGUGAAGAGCACACAGCACUGCCACCUUGUUGCCAAAGUUUGGUCUGAUUUGAAUGUGCUUAAAAAUCAAGUGAAUGCCUGUUGGGAAAAAGCUUACUCCUUCUCUUUGUCAGUACUUGCAAAAACAACUUAAAAGAAGUUAGCAUUAUUGGACUGAAUUCAGUAAUUAGCAUAAUCACGAUGCUAUGUAUUGUUCACCAGGGCACGCCCCUUGGCCACAUUUCCCAUUAAGAGGACACCGAUGUUGUCCUAGUGAAUAAAUCCCAGCACACAUGAUGCAAAUCAGCAUGUUCCUGCCUGCCGCUUGGCUGCGGUUAAUUUUAGCCAGCGUUAGUUCUAUGAGUUGUAAAAGUAGAAGUUAGCAAGCUGAAAUGUGACUUCUCGGCCUAAUGUGAUAGGGUAUCUAUUUUAGACUUCAGAUUGUGUAUAUGAUCAGGAGAGCAGUCUUCUGAAGAACUGUGGCUCAGUUUUCUUUGAAACUACUUGAGGAGACAUCACAGCUUUCCCAGAUUGGGAGGAAAAAUAUGGAAUGUGUUUUACUGCUGACUGAACACAACCAAAUGAACUGUCCUGACAGUAGUUUGAAAACCAGCAGCUAGCAGUUCGUCCAGCCUCUAACACUGUCCAGCACUUUCCAGCGCAAACUCACUGUUUACAGGAACUCUUGGCCUUACGAAGUUUAUAACCUCAAGCUUUGUUUAUUUAAAAUCUUCCUGCAAAAGAAAAGUACCUGGCACCCGCUUUCCAAAAUGGCCAUGGAUGAGUAUUUGUGGAUGGUCAUUCUGGGCUUCAUCAUAGCUUUCGUCUUGGCCUUUUCUGUUGGUGCAAACGAUGUUGCCAACUCCUUUGGUACAGCCGUGGGCUCUGGUGUGGUGACCUUGAGGCAGGCGUGCAUUUUAGCUUCAAUAUUUGAAACUACCGGCUCCGUGUUACUAGGAGCCAAAGUAGGAGAAACGAUUCGCAAAGGUAUCAUUGACGUGAACCUGUACAACGAGACGGUGGAGACGCUCAUGGCUGGGGAAGUGAGUGCCAUGGUUGGUAGAGAUGACGGCACAACAGACAGCUGAUGUGUACGGGUAAUUUGGUUAGGGAGAAGAGGGUUAGAGAGGAAUUCUACCACCUUCUGCUUUCCACAGGACAUAUCCUCUUGUAGGAAGAGUCCUGCAGCAGGAGGUUCCGCUGUGUGGCAGCUGAUCGCAUCCUUCCUGAGGCUUCCGAUCUCAGGAACUCACUGCAUUGUGGGCUCUACUAUAGGAUUCUCCCUGGUCGCCAUCGGUACCAAAGGUGUGCAGUGGAUGGAGCUUGUCAAGAUUGUUGCUUCUUGGUUUAUAUCUCCACUGUUGUCUGGUUUGAUGUCUGGCCUGCUGUUUGUACUCAUCAGAAUUUUCAUCUUAAAAAAGGAAGACCCUGUUCCCAACGGCCUCCGGGCACUCCCAGUAUUCUAUGCUGCUACCAUAGCAAUCAAUGUCUUUUCCAUCAUGUACACGGGAGCACCAGUGCUCGGCCUGGUUCUCCCCAUGUGGGCCAUAGCCCUGAUUUCCUUUGGUGUCGCUCUCCUGUUCGCCUUUUUUGUGUGGCUCUUCGUGUGUCCGUGGAUGCGGAGGAAAAUAACAGGCAAAUUACAAAAAGAAGGUGCUUUAUCACGCGUAUCUGACGAAAGUCUCAGUAAAGUUCAGGAAGCAGAAUCCCCAGUAUUUAAAGAGCUACCAGGUGCCAAGGCUAAUGAUGACAGCACCAUCCCGCUCACCGGGGCGGCAGGGGAGACGUCAGGGGCCUUGGAAGGCACCUCCACGGGCAGCCACCCUCGGGCUGCAUACGGAAGGGCCCUGUCCAUGACCCAUGGCUCUGUGAAAUCGCCCGUCUCCAACGGCACCUUCGGCUUCGACGGCCACACCAGGAGCGACGGUCACGUGUACCACACCGUGCACAAAGACUCGGGGCUCUACAAAGACCUGCUGCAUAAAAUCCACAUCGACAGGGGCCCAGAGGAGAAGCCAGCCCAGGAGAGCAGCUACCGGCUGCUGCGCCGGAACAACAGCUACACGUGCUACACUGCGGCCAUCUGCGGGCUGCCGGUGCACACCACCUUCCGAGCCGCGGACUCGUCGGCCCCGGAGGACAGCGAGAAGUUGGUAGGCGACACCGUGUCCUACUCCAAAAAGAGGCUGCGCUACGACAGCUACUCGAGCUACUGCAACGCGGUGGCGGAGGCGGAGAUCGAGGCGGAGGAGGGCGGCGUGGAGAUGAAGCUGGCGUCGGAGCUGGCCGACCCUGACCAGCCGCGGGAGGACCCCACGGAGGAGGAGAAGGAGGAGAAGGACGCGCCCGAGGUGCACCUACUGUUCCAUUUCCUGCAGGUCCUCACCGCCUGUUUUGGGUCCUUUGCUCACGGCGGCAAUGAUGUGAGUAAUGCCAUUGGUCCCCUGGUAGCCUUGUGGCUGAUUUACAGACAAGGCGGGGUAAUGCAAGAAGCAGCUACGCCCGUCUGGCUGCUGUUUUACGGAGGAGUUGGAAUCUGCACAGGCCUCUGGGUCUGGGGGAGAAGAGUGAUCCAGACCAUGGGGAAGGACCUCACUCCCAUCACACCAUCCAGCGGCUUCACGAUCGAGCUGGCCUCCGCCUUCACCGUGGUGAUCGCCUCCAACAUCGGGCUCCCAGUCAGCACCACGCACUGCAAGGUGGGUUCGGUGGUGGCGGUGGGCUGGAUCCGCUCCCGCAAGGCUGUGGACUGGCGCCUCUUUCGGAACAUCUUUGUGGCCUGGUUCGUGACUGUCCCCGUGGCCGGGCUGUUCAGUGCUGCUGUCAUGGCUCUUCUCAUGUAUGGGAUCCUUCCAUAUGUGUGAUUUGUCUUCUUCCAGCUGCAAACAGCUAAAGGAUGGUCUGGUGUGGGCAUGUGGGAGACACGUGACCUCAUGCCAUGCACACACACAUCCUGGCCGUGCAUGGCUCUCUCAUGACCAGCUCUCUGCCUCCCUUCAGGGAGGCUCCAUCCCACACCAUUCACCCAGGCUGCGGAGACUCACCUUCCCAAGCUAACUUAACUACUGUACAUAAUAAUAUGUAUUAAACUGGUAUCGUGGUGAUAUAAUGUGGUGCAGUUACUUAUAUAUUAAAUAUAUAUUGUAUCCAUAGAAUAGGUAGUGUUAUUUCAAACAUAUUCAAGAUGGGAGUGGAGAUCAUUGCCUAGAAGUCAAUAUUCAAUAAAUCUUGUACAUAGCUAUUUCAAUAGCAAAUGUUAAGCCUUUAAAAGGAAAGUGUAGAUUGGAAAAUAAUUUUUUUCCAAAUGAUGUUUUUCCCUUCUAAUAUACUGUAAGGUAACGAGCUUCAGGACAGGUGACACGACCCAUCAGAGGCCACACGCUGUGGGAUGACAGCAGGACGGGAGGUCACAAGUGCUUUCACUGAAGAUUUGUUCAUAUACUGUGUAUUGAUUCUUGUGUAAUAUAUCAUCAUUGCUUUUGUAAAUACGUAAAACUGUAAUUUUUUAAUGGUGUGCUUCCCUUAUACUUUUUUGAUCAGAGAAUUUUGGAAAGUACCAAAGAAGCAGGGGAAUCGUUGGCCAGUGUUAUAUUUUCAUGUUGUCUGUCUCCCCCUCACUGAUCAUACCCACCCCGGAGCACGUGUGGCGGCGGCACCGUCACCCAGCAUGCGCCACACCGUGGCUCCCACCAGCAGUGCCGCCGCCACCGCCACCACACACCAGAUCCCGCCCACCCUGCAGUGGCCUUUCCUUGUCAUCAGAGUAGAGAAUGCACAGGUGUCAGUGAAGGCGUGCGGCCGAGCACUACAUGUCAAGUCCGGUGUCAGUUUCCAUCCUAGUUCUCCUUGCAACCUGAAGAAUGGAUGCUUGUCUCAAGUGUCAGUGCAAAGGAGGCUUUUUCUGUGCUUUGACAUUCAGGGACAGGAGGGAGGGGGAAUGCUGGACACUGAUGGAGUAUUUCUCUGAGGCCCACGCAAAGCUGGACACCAGGCUCUACUCUAGCCCAUUGGAGUCUCUUCUUUUUUGAUAGCGGGAGGGAGGAGGUGCGACUAAUGUUGGAGCCUGAAACUAUGGAAAUGCUGCUAAAAUUUUUAUAUUGACAAACAUUUUCUUGGUACUUCAUUGUGAUUUUUCAUUAAUCAACCAUAUUAAAUUUAUAAUAAAAAAUGCCCCUCAGAA